AUGUUGCAGAAGAAUACGACAGGAUUAACAUCUCUCGAUGUGAGUGAAACAUUAAUCGCAGCCGAAGGUGCUCAAUACAUAUUUCAAGCGUUACAAUACAAUACCACCAUCACGACACUUUACAUUAGUAUCAUUAGAUUCGGCCCUGAACCCAUGCAGUAUCUAGGCAAUGCGCUGAUGCAUAACAAGACGCUCAAGAUUCUCUCUAUGGGAAUGAACUAUAUCGGUCCGAAAGGAGCACAGCACUUAGCUAAAGGAUUGGAGCAGAAUAAUACACUCAAAGAGCUAAGACUUAACUUUAACGGACUUAUGGAUGAAGGCGCUCAGUAUCUUGCCACUGCACUAAUACACAAUAAAGGACUGAAAGACCUGGAACUUGGUAGUAACAGGAUUACUGUCUCAGGAGUUCAACAUAUAGCCAACGCUUUGUUAUAUAAUGAGACACUUUUAAAUCUGAAAGUUGUGGACAACGACAUUGGUUUGCAAGGAGUUCAAUAUUUAGCAAACGCUUUGCGCAAAAAUAAAACAUUAACGGCACUAUUAUAUGGAUCAAAAGCUAUGUCUGCUGAACAAUCACAAGGCAUUAUGAAUGAAAUACCCGAGCUCGGUGCGCGAGCGACUUGGAGCGGCUAA